AUGUGCGGGAUUGGCAAGACCGCCCUUGCGCAGAAGGUCUUCAACGACGAUGACAUCCAAGGCGAGUUCGACAAGAAGAUAUGGCUGAGCAUCAACAAGCACUUCAAUAAGGCUGACCUUCUGAGGACAGCAAUCACUCAAGCCGGAGGUGACACAUAUCCCACAAAUGAUGAAAUGCACAUGCUGGUUCAAAUUCUUGCAGAUGCCUUGGCAGGGAAGAAGGUCCUGCUGGUGAUGGAUGAUGUUUGGGACCCCACAGCAUGGGAGGGUGUGCUCAGAACACCCUUUCUUAAUGCUGCCGCGCGAGGUAGUCGAGUGCUCAUCACCACUAGAAGGGAAGAUGUUGCCCGUCGCAUGGGAGCCGAGCAUCCAUGCCACCGUGUCGAUAAAUUAGGUCCGGAAGACGCGUGGUCACUGAUGAAGAAACAGGUAAUGGGCAAUGACACACAUGAGACAGAGCUUGAUAAGCUAAAGGAUAUUGGAUUUCAAAUUAUAGCAAACUGUGGUGGUUUGCCACUUGCUGUUAAAGUGAUGGGAGGAUUGUUGUGUCAGAGGGACAGGCGACGGCAUGACUGGGAGAUGCUUCUGAAUGAUUCAAGUCCAGGAUAUACAAUACCUGAGGAGAUAUACUACUCAGUGUCCUUAAGCUAUGAAGAUCUGUCUCCUUGUCUGAAACAGUGCUUUCUGCACUACUCACUUCUCCCUACAAAUACAGUGUUCUAUGAGAGUGACAUUGUUGAGAUGUGGAUUAGCGAAGGUUUUGUUCACAGCGAUUAUGAUUUGGAAGAUGUAGGAAGUCGUUACUACAGCGAGCUUAUAGGGAGGAACCUUAUAGAGCCGGAUGCAAGGUACACUAGUCAACGCCGUGGUCAACGAGUUUGCAUCAUGAAUGAUGUUGUUCGUUCAUUUGCUCAAUUCCUUUGUAGAGAUGAAGCACUGGUAGCUCACAACGCAGAAAUGUAUGACAAUGGUGAUCUUAGUUCAAGAAAGUUCUAUCAGUUGUCUCUAGAAAGCAAAGGAUCAGAAUCAGAUAUGUUGGUAUGGAGUCUUCUACAAGGACAGAAAUCAUUGAGAACACUAAUAUCAAUUGGCCGGAUAAAGCAUCAACUUGGUGAUUCGUUGAUUAGCUUUCCAAGUCUACGGGUCCUACAUAUAGAAUCCACAAAUGCUGCUGCACUGGUUGAAUCUUUGUGUCAACUUAAGCACCUGAGAUAUUUGUCUGUAGCACACACUGAUGUAUCUAGUCUUCCAGAAAACAUCAACACGAUGAAAUUCUUGCAGCAUAUUAACCUUGAUGGCUGUGAAAAAUUGGAGAAACUACCUGACAGCAUUAUAAAGCUAGGGCAGCUGAGAUAUCUAAACCUUAAUGACACAGGUAUAAAUGUUGUACCUCGGGGUUUUCGUGGUCUAACAAAUUUGAGGAAACUAUAUGGGUUUCCAGCCCAUAUGGAUGGUGACUGGUGUAGUCUGGAAGAGUUGAGGCCUCUUUCCCAGUUAAGAGAAAUUGGAUUGAAGGGUUUAGAGAAUAUAGCUGCUACCUCGUUUGCCGCAAAGGCCAGGCUUGGUGAGAAGGUGCAUCUUACCUACUUGAAGUUAGAGUGCACCAGCAGAUCGGGAGGUGAUGAGUUGGUUAAGGAAGGAAGAGGUGUCUUUCAGGAUGAAGAAAAACAACGAAUUGAGAAGGUGUUUGAUGAGCUCGACCCACCAGACUGCUUAAGUAUUCUUGACAUCCAAGGAUACUUUGGUCUGCAGCUCCCAAUUUGGAUGAGAACAACAGAAGUGAUCCUUCUUGAAAGCUUCCAUCUGGCUUGUGCCAGCUUCCCAGCUUGA